CCUUCACCAUCAGGUCUGACCACAUGAAGGUGUUGGGGAUCUGGUUCGGAGGGGCCGAGGCGUGCAACAAGAACUGGCGGGAGCGGACUGCCAAGGUGAAACAGAAACUGGGACUGUGGGGAGGGCGCUCCCUGUCGAUAACGGGCAAGAACCUGGUCAUCAGGUGUGAGGUGCUCUCAGGGCUGCUGUACUUGGCGCAGGUCUGGCCCGUCCCCCGCUCCUACAGCUCGGAAAUCACCCGGGCUGUCUUCAGAUUCGUCUGGGGAUCCAAGAUGAAGCGGGUGAGACGGACCGCCAUGCACAAGUCCCUGGACAAUGGGGGCAAGAACGUCCCCAAUGUCGCCCUCACCCUGAUGGCCAGCUUCGUGUGUGGCUGCAUCAAGUUGUGCGUGGAUCCCAGAUACGUGGGCACAAAGUACUACUAUGUGCCUAGGUUUUACCUGUCGCCCUGGCUACGAAGGAUGGGUCUGGCCCCUUUACCGCGCAACACCCCUGUCAGCUGGUCGUUGCCCCCUUACCUGUCCUUCGUAGAAAAAUUCUUCAAGACCAACGCAUUUGACCACAGGGCCAUUAGACAGUGGUCGGCACGUAAUGUCCUGCAGGCACUGCAGGAGAAGGACGUGAUGGACACAGUGGGGUGGUUCCCGGAGCAGACUGUCCAGUUCAUCUGGCAAAAUGCCUCAUCGCCAGAUCUCACCAACAGGCACAAAGACCUAGCCUGGCUGGCGGCGAGAGGGGCCCUCCCAGUCAGAUCCCUCCUGUACGCCCGGAACGGUUCCUCCACACCCCGUUGCCCAAGGGAGGACUGUAAUGGGGUGGAGUCGGGGGCUCACCUCUUUGCACACUGUGGGUUCGCAAAGAAGGUGUGGAAGAGAAUGGAAGGGACAGUACUAAGAUGCAUGCCCAGCAGCUGCGCCAUGUCGCCAGCUUGA